AUGUCUUCCACUAUACAACCCGUCCUUUCCAUCAUCUACUCAUUACAAGCGGCUUUUUCGGCUUAUAGCCUCUAUCUCGCGUCCAUAUCUAUCCAAAACCUACAGAAGUACGAAGAGAAGAGCGAAAAGGCCGCAGAAUGGUCCAACACGGCUGAGAAACAACUUCACAAAAGCCGAACCACACAGGCGAGCGGGACACUUGCCAUGGUCGCGUCAUUCAUCACUUCUAGCGCAUCGAUAUUCUAUCCUUCUUCAAAGUUUGCCGGAUUGGCAAUUGCAUGUGCUAACGUAGGCGCAUUACUUGCAGCCCGGGUUCAUGUAGGGAACUUCUGGAAUGGGAAAGCAAAAGUCCCGUUACCAGGAGCUGGAGAGUACAAUGAUGCGAUCAGCAGGACCCAGGCGCUGAGGUUGAAUAUGGCGUAUUUGGCUUCAAGCUGGGGAUUAUGUGUUGUUUUGCUGGCCGUCUUAUGA